GCGAUGAAACGCCCCACCCCUCUCUUGCACGGAUCGCGAAGGAUGCUCUCGGUCGCUUGCGGCCGGCGGUGUGUGCGCUCGGGUGUGGGAGGAGCUCUGUCUUGAGGUCCGGGGAAAUAGGGUCAGGCGCCCUCUGCCGGAGCGGGAGAACACGCCCGCCGUCUCCCUGUGGAAACUCGGUUGUCAUCCCGGCUCUUCUGGGAACCCGUGGCGUCUGGCACACUGAGGGGGAGUUUGGUUCCUCUUUGAAACUCAGGGCGAAGAAUGUCUGUUUCUCCUUAGCGUUUCCGGCCGGCGAGUUUCUCCGCGGGCCCCUUACACCAUCGGCGGCGCCGCUUCCUGCUGCUCGUCGAAGCGGACUCGAGGCUCUCGCGCCGCCGGAGGGACGGGGAGGUGUAGCGCACGCGAGAGCUCGCGGACUGUGACUGGGCCUCUCCAGGACGCGUGCUUAAUCAGGAGCAGCUCUCCGGGCCUGGGCUGGGGACCCCUGUCCUGCUGGAGGUCCUGCUAUGAGUGAUGGAGCAGAACAGCGCCACCCUUCUGGUCCUGGUGUGUCUCCUGCAGCACGCUCUGGCAGGGGAGGUUUUGUGCCUAUGGGAGCGCUAUUUCCACCUGGGCCAUAACGUGUCUGGGGCAUGUCAGUUACAGGGCUCAUUGCUGCCCCCUGGGUGUGACUCCAGGGCACUGCAGCUGGCCGCGGAUGGCCAAACGCUCUCCCCACAUAGCCACACCCACAAUCACAUCGCAAAUUUCACUGUCAUCCGUCCCCCGGGACCCCAGCUCCACUUACGCUGUGAGAUCACCUGCCCUGGACUGCAGCCCCGCCCACAUUGUGACAUCACACUCCUGGGAGGAAGGACACCCCGCACCCCCUCCACGCCUCAGUGUGUCAUCCCCCCUGGCAGCACAGACAUGAACUGCUCCUGGAACUGGAGCCCCUCUGCCCUGCAGGAGCUUCUCCACACCAACCUGACCCUGCACCUGUACUCCUCCCCCAGGACUCUGCUCAAUAUCACGGUUCCCGAUGGUUCUAACAGUGUUGUGGUUCCUCGCACCUCAUUUAUGAGCCACGUUGAUGUCACUGUCUGGGUCAGAGCUCAGAACCCACUGGGCUCAGCUGAAUCCAUCGAAGUCGCCUUCAACACCGGCGCCAUCAAAAAGCCUGCCCCUCCUGUGCUGGCAUGUUUCUUGGAAGAUAACUCAGAUAUCUUCAUUUUGUGGAACUGCCCCCCGGAAAACUGUGACCAGACCUGCGAGGUGAGAUUUUCGGUCAACAACCAGUCGGACUGGACUGAGGUGACUGAUGACUCUGUGGGUCAGGCUGACUUUAUCCUGAACAACUCCCAGCCUUUUACCCAUCACCACUUCCAGGUGCGCUGUGUCACAGGCAGUGACGUGGAGAAAACACCUUUCAGUGACUGGAGCAGGCCCUGCACUGUGCUGAGUGCGGAGGAUGUGCCGGAUGGAGAGCUGGACCUGUGGUGUGACAGAGACCCUAUUUUGGCUGUGGUGUGGAAGGAGAUGCCCGCCCCCCUGGCGCGGGGCAGGGUGCGGCAGUACGAGGUGGGUGUGGGGUGGGCCGACGGAGGCAGCGCUUGGGUGAACGUGUCCACAGACGACCCGCCAGCAGUGGAAGGAGCCGGGUGUCUGGAGUGCCACUCCAGUGAGGCGGGGGGGCCCCCUUCCUGCCGUCUCGCUCUGCCGUGCCUCUGGAAGGCCGUGUGGGCCGAGGCGGAGGUCGCGGAGGUCAACGUGUCGGCCAUCAACUCUGUGGGGCGCAGUCGGCUGGCGAGACUGGCCGUGCGCAGGCGAGGCCUGCCCCCGGAGUGGGUCAACGUCACCGCCGCGGGCUCCCAGGGGGCCCUGCGCGUGGCCUGGGCCCCGCCGCCCUGCGGCUCGGAGCACCUGCAGGGGUACGUCGUGCAGCGCAAGGAGGCGGGGCGCAACACCAGCAGGGGGUUCGACUGGACGAGAGUCAACGGCACACAGCAGAGCACCGUGCUGGCAGGCCCCUUCAGCCCUCACACCCCCUACAUAGUGUCGGUGUUCGCAGUCUACAGCAGCGGCACCAGCCAGCCCGCCUCCUGCAUUGGCUACACCAAAGAGGACAAGCCCCCUGCUGUUCCAGGAGUGAAGGUGACCUUGUCCCCGAAGGUCCUUCUGUCCUGGAAGCACAUCCCACUGACUGACAGGAGGGGCCUCAUCCUGCAGUACAGGGUGGGGCAUGAUAAUGUGACAGAUUACACUGUGGGUCCGGAGAACUGCAGCCAGGAGCUGCAGGACCUGAAGCCGGGCCAGAGGUACCAGUUCUGGGUCCGGGCUGAAACUGGAGCUGGAGAGGGGCCAAAGAGCAUUGUGGACUUCACCACCAAAGACAAAACAGGUGCUCCUGCAGAAACCAGUUGGUGCCGUCGUGGUGCUGUGAGAAGGUACCUGACCCGCAGAACAGCCGCCUGUACCUGAUCCUCAAGAUGCCACAGCUGCAGGAGACCAAGGAGGCCGUGUGCCCUGCAGUCUUUCUGCUGGACUCCAUGCUCUGCCAGCUGGAGGUUGUGGAAAUUCCUCUCGCUCCUGAUCCCGGAGAGACCAUCGCCAGCACGGAGAGCGCAGAGGAGGGAGGGGGACAGGGGGCCGAGAUCUGGAGAGAGAAGGGGGAGAAGGAGCAGGGCAGGGAGGGGGGGUACAGUGAAAUGAUCAACGAAGAAGUGAUAUCAGGUCUGCCCUGCUCCCCCACUGAUACCCAGCCCUUCUUCUCCGAUUACGAGAAGCACUUCAUGCCUUCUCCGCUCGACCUGUAGGGGGCAGUAUGCAGAAGGCUCUCCACUUGACGUGUGUGGGGCAGUACGCAGGAGGCUCUCAUACAAAUUGCCCCUUGGGACUCUGUCUCUGUUCACGAGGGCGUGUUGGAAAGAGCUGCCCAGCUACCCUGUGGAAACUGACUGACUGAUAUUGAUCCCAUGGGAAGCAGCCCGGAUGGGAUACUGGGAGGGCGGAUCGAAGGGAUGGGAUCUGCUCUGGGCGUCUCCUCUGGGUCUCGGAGUCUCGGGAUCGGCGUGAAUGACCAGAACCAUCAGUCUGGCUGACCUGCUGUACUCCGGCUCCGGGUCAGAGCUCUGAGCUCAGAGCUCCCGCUGGUUAAAGGUGUUUCUGCACCGGACGGCCAGCAGGGGGCUCUCUCCCCGGGGGACCAGGCGUGCUGAGGCAGUUAUUCCCCUGGGCCUGAGGGGACACAGAGCCUGUUCCGUGGAGGAUGUAAAUGUCUGUGAACUGGCUGUGCUUGGGGCCUGUCCGUACACCUCUGGGGAUGUGAAGUUAUGUGGCGGGAGGAACAGAGAGCAACAAAGUUGCACAUGCGCUUUCCCUCUAGAUUAUACCAUUCUCAGUGCCGGUUUGUAUAUAAAGAAAGAUUGUGGAUAGAGA